GCAAACCUGCGAGUGCCACUGCCAGGUUUUUCCAUUAUAGGUCUUAAUGGCUUCUUCAUAUUUGGAUUUCAAUGAUGGGGGGGAUGAUUCCAGUGUGUUGAUUCCCCGUGGUGGUCCAAUUUAUGCCCCUGACAUGAUUAGUGCACUCAUGAGGGCUCCAAAUUUUGAACUCUCUGCAUUCAAUGAACUCAAGAAUCUUAGGGAGGAAUUAUGUUGUGACUCGCUUGGAACGUAUGAUGAUGAAAUCUCGGUAAAGGAACUCAAAACUGAAAAUGAGGAAGAUCUGGUAAAGAUGGCAUUUGAAGAAGCAUUCAAGGAUGAUGAGUUAGUAACUGGUGACAAGCCAGAUGAUGCUGGAUCUAAUGCUGCUGCCUUGGAAAUCUCUGAGAAAGAAGCUCAAACUCCAACUUCACAAAUAGUAUCUUGUAGAUCUCCUGGAAAAAGGAAAUGCAAGAAAAACAGUUCCUUUAAAAGGAAACGCAAUGACAUUCAAGAAAGUUAUAUUGCUAAAGUCGAACAAAUUGCAAGAGUUAAGCAUAAACAAGAGGAAGAUAAAGCAUCAGUGAGAUUGCAUUCUUUCAAUGGCAGUUGCAAGAUUAACUCCGCACCAAAAGUGUCUGAGAAAUGUAGUAGGUUAACAUCAUUGAGGUCCAUAAGUUCAUCAAGAAAGGUAUGCCCUAUGAAGCCAUCUAUUUCAAGGGAACAUGUGCCAGUUGAGUUCCCAGAAGUUGUUUUAUUCGUGGAGGUUUAUCGUAGCAGAAAGCCAUUAAUGAAGAGUCAAGAGUUUGUAGUCUUAGGGCAGCAAUUUUUAACUGAAAUCAGAGACAAGAUAUAUUGCAUCACAGAUGAAAUAAUGAGUAGGGCAGGCAAGAAUGAUCCAUCUGGCUACUUUCUUAUAGAGGAUGUAUUUUGCAAUGAUUUGAGGGAUCCACAUGCCAUUGACUAUAGUAGGCCAAUAUUGGACUGGGUUGAAAAUUCAGAGGAGGCAGCUGCAAAAUGGGAAUGUAUCAAUUCAGGUGAAUUGCUGCAGAAGCAGAAAUCACUUUUAGGCAAGGAUGCAGUAGUUCCACUACCUCGCUUCAAAGCUUAUGAGAUGCAAAAUGUUCGGUUUUGUGACUUGACAUUUCGAGUUGGAGCUGGGUAUAUUUAUUGUCACCAGGGCGACUGCAAACAUCUAAUGGUGAUACGAGAUAUGAGGUUGAUACACCCAGAGGAUGUGCAGAACCAAGCUGCUUACCCAUUAGUAACAUUUCAGUUGAAGAAGAGGCUUCACAAAUGUUCUGUCUGCAAAAUAUUCAAAGCUGAAAAGGUGACCGUUGACGAUAAAUGGGCUGGUGAAAAUCCUUGUUAUUUCUGUGAUCUUUGCUAUUACAUGCUCCAUUAUGUCGAUGGAUCUUUGCUUUAUGAUGACUUCACUGUAUAUGAUUGUCUCCACGAUUAACAUGCCAUUGCAAAAGUGGAUCUUUACAUCGUACCAUCCCCGUUUUAAGUGGGUUUCUUGUUUAUUUAGAAAGAGGGUUUCUUGUUCUUAGAAAAAGCCUUUUUGUACACUUCUUAUACAUCCUUUAUUUUGCUUGUGUACAUUGUCAUAGCAUAUUUAAUGUACUACUUUUGUUUCUAUAUAAAACAAUUACUCAUUACAUACCAGUGAUACCACCG